AUGCUCCUGCUAGAUGAGGUCCUGUGUGGCAGUGGUAGGACAGGCACUUAUUUUGCCUUUGAGCAGGAAGGCGAAGGUGUAUACCCUGAUCUCAUGACCAUGGGCAAGGGCCUGGGUGGCGGGUUCGCUCCAAUGGGUGCCGUUCUUGUCCACGAGAAAGUCGUCAGAGGAUUCCAAAGUGGAAGCGCCUGGUUUGUUCAUUCGCAUACGUGCCAAGCCCAUGGGGUUGGUUGCGCUGCCGCCCUGGCAGUCCAGAAGGUGCUUCGCCGGGACCGCCUCAUCGAGCGAUGUGCAACCAAAGGCAAGUGGCUCAAGAAUUCUCUCAACACGACAUUUGGUGACUGCGAAUACGUCGGCAACAUCCGCGGGAAAGGGCUGUUUUGGGGCAUCGAGUUUGUCAAGGACAAAGCGACCAAGGAGCCGUUCGAACCAGGACUCCGCUUUACGUGGAGGAUGUUGGAUGAGGCGCUGAGGCGGGGACGAGCCAUGUACCCAAGGGCUGGCACCGCGGACGGAGCCAAAGGUGAUCACGUUAUCAUCGCUCCGCCAUAUAACAUGUCCGAUGAGGACUUUGACAGCAUGAUGAGAUUACUAAAGGACACAUACGACACAGUCGAAAAGGACGUGGCGGCUAUACUUUAG